AUGAGUGAUAUUGAUGAGAAGAAUGAUACAAAAGAAAGUUCGUUUUCCAGUGAUGUUGUGUUGCUUUCAUUGCUAAUUUCUGGUUCGACACUUGGUGCAAUUGCUGGUUAUAAUAGAUAUUUAAAACAAGUGACAAAAGCAACUGAUAUCCCAAAUUAUAUGUUUCGUAAGAGAUGGAUGUAUGGUAAAGUCACUGCAGUUGGUGAUGGUGAUAAUUUCCACUUAUUUCAUACCCCAGGUGGCAUAUUUGGAGGAUGGGGGUGGUUAAGAAAGGUUCCAAAAUUACCCAAAUCCGAUUCCAAUGGUUUAAUUGUAUCAAGGAAGAAAACUUCCAAUUUCUAUUCAGGAUUAAAAAAUUCAUAUCAUAAAUUUACUGGUUCUUAUAGAUAUUCAUCUGAAUAUUUUUUGGAUUUAAAAGUGCCAUACAAGAAUUUAAGAAAUUUACCAACUGUUCCAAUAAGGUUAUGUGCCAUAGAUGCACCUGAACGUGCACAUUUUGGUAAUACUUCACAGCCAUAUGGUGAUGAGGCACUGAUAUGGCUUCGUAAUAGACUUUUAGGUAAAUAUGUUUGGGUUAAACCUUUAUCUGUUGAUCAAUACAACCGAUGCGUUUCAAAAGUUGUCUGUUGGAAUUGGCUUGGAUGGCAAAACAUCAGUUUACAAAUGGUAAGACAAGGUUUAGCAGUAGUUUAUGAGGGAAAGACAUCAGCAGAAUUUGAUAGAGAAGAAUUCUUAUACAGAUUUUAUGAAAGAAGAUCAAAAGCUAAGAAGAGAGGUUUAUGGAGGCAAAGAGUAAUUGAAACUCCAGGCGAAUAUAAGAAAAAAAUUAAAAAGUAA